CUCGAAUUCGAGUCCUCGAUUUCUAACAACUUAUAGAAGUGCUCAUCUUUAUUAAUUUUGAUUGGACAAAUUGUCGGUAUUUAUUCUCGCUUUAAGGUAUUAUAUUCUAGAAAAAUGCCAUACAAGAAAGGCGAUUUAAAAAUAUGUUGGAACAAAAUAAACUACGCCUUUCCUAUUCUCAACGAUGGACUAUUUAGUGAUUGUACAAACGCCGAAUAUGAAGAAAUACAUCAACUGAUAGUUAGCCUGGAUGUGCAGGUUAGGAUACGCGAUCUCGUUCUUAUUCAUAUGGAAAAAUAUAUUCGUCAACAUGUCGCCCCUUCAUUCUGGUCAAAAUUUUCUAAAGUUGAAGAGGAAGUCAAAGGCUUUCAACUAUUCAAAUCUGCGGUGAACGACUUGUACGAGUCUGUAUCAAGUUUCUCUUCCAUGCUGAGGAGACUGACCUUGUUAAAUAACAGCUGUACAGAUAACAAAUCAAUUUAUGGCGAAAAGGAUGUUGUUUUGGGUUUCAAACAACUUGUUCGAGCAACUCUACUUUCUCAGCUACCCCUCGACUUCCACGUGAUUAUAAAUCAUUUCUACAAAAUGUCUUUCAAUGUAUUUGAUAAUGAAUAUGAGAACUCUGAUAUGGGUGAAGAUGUGAUGUGUUCAGGAUGUUGGAAUGAAUACUCUGAUUGCAACUGUGCUUAUAUUGUCAAAGUUUUUCAUGAUACUAACCGUAAACUGAUGGAAUUGCAGCUUUUGGAAAGACUGGCAGGCCAAGUUCUUACAAACUUUAUUCAGAUGAGAAUAGAAUCUCACAUUCAGAAACUAUGUACUGGAACCUUUGAUGUUUCUCAUAUUAGCUUCCUGGAAAAGUGGUUGGAUACCAUAGUCAUGUCUUGGCUUACUAGAAUAUACUGUGCAGGCUCAUCUAAGCCACCACCUGAUGAUAAAAACAUUCAGAAUAGUAUCACUAAGUUCAAACAGAAGUUAAGCUAUUACUUAUAUCAUAGUUAUACUAGAUUAAGAAUAGAUCAACUCUUCAAUAUCAUUAUUGAAUAUCCAGAUUCUCAACCGGCAGUUGAUGAUAUAAAGUUAUGUUUGGAGAAGACUGAUUUGAGGUCAACUUUAUGUAAGAAAUUGCAAACUGCAUUGGAAACAAGACUGUUGCACCCUGGAGUGAACACUCCUGAUAUAUUGACUGCCUAUGUAUCUACUAUUAGAGCUUUAAGACAUCUGGAUCCUUCUGGGGUGAUAUUGGAAACAGUUACAAAGCCUGUUCGCAAUUAUUUAAGAAAUAGAGAGGAUACAGUUCGUAGUGUUGUAAGUAGUUUGACUGAAGAAGGAGCUGGAAGUGAGUUGGCAGAAGAGUUAGCGAAGUUUGCAGCAGAGACUGAUGGAGAUGCAGACAAAGAUGAUUGGGAUGACUGGAAUCCUGACCCUGUAGAUGCAGAUCCAAAGAUCAAUUCAAAUGAUAGAAGAGCCAGUGACAUUAUAUCUAUGUUGGUUAAUGUCUAUGGAAGCAAGGAGCUGUUUGUCAAUGAAUACAGAACUCUAUUAGCAGACAGACUAUUAGCUCAGAGUGUAAUAAAUACUGAAAAAGAAAUUAGAUAUUUGGAACUCUUAAAAUUAAGAUUUGGGGAAUCUCAGUUACAUUUUUGUGAAGUUAUGCUUAAGGAUAUAUCGGAUUCAAGGAGAAUAAAUUCAUUGAUACACCAAGAUAGUAACUUUGAAGAGUUAAACAAGAAGUUUACAUCAAAUGCUAUGAUUUUAUCUGCACAGUUCUGGCCACCAUUUAAGGAUGAAAGUUUGGAGUUGCCAGAAGAAAUAAAACAGCAUUUGGAAGCUUAUACAAAAUCAUUUGAAGCACUAAAAGGCAACAGAACACUCAGUUGGAAACCACAUCUUGGAAAUGUUAAUAUUGAAAUUGAGAUUGGAGAGAAAACAUUGAACUUGACAGUAUCCCCAUUCAACGCUACACUCAUUAUGCACUUUGAAAAGAAACCUGAGUGGUCACUUGAUGAACUUCAUCAGGUAAUGAAGGUACCAAUCACUGUUUUAAGAAGAAAAAUUACUUAUUGGCAAUCCAUGGGACUGAUUUCUGAAAAAUCCCCGGACCACUUUGUUCUUGUUGAAGGAGAUGGUAACAAAGCCCAAGUGUCAUCAAAUCCAGUUCAGGAAAUGAUAUGUGAGGAUGAUGAGACAGAGAGUGCAAUGGCUUCAGCUCAUGAUCAAAGGGAGGGAGAACUACAAGUGUUUUGGUCAUACAUUGUGGGCAUGUUGACCAAUUUAGAUUCUUUACCACUUGAUCGCAUUCACCAAAUGUUAAAAAUGUUUGCUUCACAAGCUCCAGGAACAGAGUGUAGCCUGCAGGAGCUGCGCCAGUUCUUGGAUACAAAGGUCCGAACUCAUCAACUAGUGUUGCAAGGUGGAAUGUACAAGUUGCCUAAAACAUAAUUAGGUUUAAACUAGUCUCACCUAUUUUUAAUUUUGUUUGUAAGAACUGUAAUUCAGAUCACUAAUAAUACUUGUAAAUAAAACAAAAUAAAAGUUUAAUAAAA